AUGAGUACGCAAAGAACACCGCCGGGAACAACCUCUCAAAUAUUUGAUGGCGACAGCGACGGGGGCGACCAUACAUCUGUGCCUGCGUCAAUUAAUGUAGCAAAAAGGCCUAGCAAACGCCCUGCCGUAAUAUCUCCUCCAAUUGUGAAUUUACCAGAAGGCGUGCACAAUGGUACGAACACAGGGCUUCGCAACAUAAUUGAAGAUGUAGUACAGAGGGAAAUGAGUAAUUUACUGACUAAACUUAACAUCUCAAUGGGCACUUUGCUUAACACCCAACUUAAAUCAAUCAAAGAUGAAAUACAAGACGUAAAAGAGUCAAUGUCAUUUAUGAGUAGUCAGUAUGAGGAAAUUAACAGGGAGCUCAAGGCAUCUAAAAAAUCAAUGCAGGAGUUACAAAUAAGGAGUGAUAAACUUCAACCCACAAUAAACGAUAUAAAUUUUCGCAUAAACCAAAUAGAACAAGCAGCAAGAUCUAAUAAUCUUGAGAUUCAAUGCAUGCCGGAAAAGAAAAAUGAAAGUUUAGUUGAAUUAGUAUCUCGGUUGCGCUCUAUAGUUAAUUAUAAAAUAUCUGAACAGAACAUCCUCUACUGUGCACGCACUGCGAAAUACGUAGAAAAUAAUGUAUAUCCAAUGAUUGUAGGUGAUUUAAGCCAAAUAGAUUGGAGCGAAAUAAAUAAUACAUUCUCUGCCACUCAAUCAACGCUAUGUCAGACACUAAUUGAUUUUGCUUGUAUGAAUAACUUUAAACAGUACAACGAUAUUCCGAAUUCUAAGGGAAAAGCCCUGGAUCUAGUAUUCUUAGAGCAAUCACAUUUAUUAGUACAGGUAGACCGUGCUACCGAUGUUUUGUCUGCAAUCGAUGUGCUGCAUCCUCCCUUAGAAAUACUUUUAAAAACAAAAAAAUAUUACAACUUAAUAGCACAAAACUGUAACUUUACUAGUCGAAACUUUUUUAGGGCCGACUAUGAAAUGAUCAACAGAAAACUGGUGGAAAUUGACUGGUCCCAAGUUUUUUUCGGAAUACGAAAGGUGGACGACAUGGUAACAAUAUUUUAUGAUAAACUUAACAAAAUCAUUAACGAGGAUGUUCCAAUUGUAAAAAAACGAAACAAAAAAAUUCCGAAAUGGUUUAGCUCUUGUUUGAUCAAGGCAUUGCAUGAGAAAUAUAAAAUAAGACUUAGAUACAAAAAACAUAACAAUCCGUUAGACAAAAUAGAAUUGAAUAUUUGUAGAAAAAGGUGUGAAAAACUAUCGUUGGAUGCCUACAAUUCCUAUAUAAAACGCACUGAAGAAAAUAUUGCCCUUAAUUCCAAAUUCUUUUGGUCUUUUGUCAAAUCGAAACGUGGCAGUCUGAAUUCAUAUCCGGCCGAGAUGACAGAUGGUUCCGUAACAACAUCUGAUGGUCAAGAUAUUUGUAACCUUUUUGCAUCGCAUUUCUCCUCUGUCUACAGUGAAGAACAGUCUCAUCAAUAG